AUGUUGAAUCUCACCAAAUUCCAAAACAUUUUCAACAAAACCUUGUUUGGCCCGAUACCCUCGAUAUUCGUAUGUUGUAGUUUCACCUCAUCAUCAAACCCCAUUGCUCACCCUUCAUCCUCGCCAGCUGUCGCCAUCUUUUGGGACCUCUAUAACAAGCCCCCCAAGACCUCCCCGCCUUUCGAUGCCGCCAUUCGGCUAAAAAAAGCAGUACAAAAAUUCGGGUUCGUCAAGUACAUGAUUGCUUACGCCAAUCGACACUCAUUUACCUACGUACCUCCAUUAAUUUGUGACCAAAGAAUAGAGAGAAAAACCCUGAACGAGCUCGAGAAAAUAGGCGCCAUCAAGCCAUUCGGACCCUACACGUGCGGCGUCUGCGGCAGAAAGUUCUUCAAAAACGAAAGACUCAUAAACCAUUUCAAGGACAUUCACGAACUCGAGGAAGCAAAACGUGUGAACCAGAUCGAGUCCGCACGUGGCAAGAAAAGGGUUUGGUUAGUUGCCAAAUACGCCAUGAAGAUGAAGAAGUACAAAAGGGCUGUCAGUGAUGUGUCGACUCCGAAAAGUGGGUAUGGGCAGGCGGACGAGGUUAAACGGGCUGGAUUUUGGGUCCGGGAGGUUUAG